AUGGAGCAAGCCGAGAGUAAUGAUGCUGCGAUGGACGCAAAUACACCAAUCCACGAAAAACAGAUCUCAUCGAAUAUUCAUGCCGAAGAUAACAACGAAAGCGAUGGUGAUGAUUCUUCAAUCGGAGUCCCCCUAAUCUCAGUGGCUCAUGACGAGAUGCUACCUGCCAUGAAAGAGAAAGUGGAGCGCCCUCCUGAUGGCUUGCAAUGGAACGACUCGGCGAUUGUGGACUGCUGGAAUGUUGCUAUUCAAGGCCACGAUAAUCCUGAGCCUGCAGAAUGGCGGGCUCCGUCCCUCGUCAAUCAACAGGACAUGGAAUUGCUGACCAACUGGAGGCCCAAAUCGUUAUCCAUUCCGAUAUGGGCAGUCGAUCCAUUUUCACAUUCGGAGACAUCAUACCGGUAG